UUCAGUUUUGGUUUAAUGGUGGUGUCUCGAGGCCCCAGGAUGAGCUUUACAGAUUUCAUAGAUUUGAGUAGUGACGAUGAGGUUGGAGAGACAGGUACGAAAGCCAUUAAACAAGAGCAGGGUUCAGAGACAGGUGCGAAAGCUAUUAAACAAGAGCAGGAUUCAGUUAAGAGUAUGAAUCACCUAAAAGAGUGCUCUAAAGCCAAACAAAUCCAGCAUCAGAAACACAAUAUUCAUAGUACAAGACAAGACUCUGUAGAGAACAGAAGUUCAAGUGCUUUAAAUGGUGGUCAGUGUGUAGAGAACAGAACUUCAAGCGUUUUAAAUGCUGGUUCUAUACUGGAUCGAGGGGGUUCUCCAACUGAUGGCUCCAGCCUUUCUUCGGCAUCACCUGGAUGUUCUGUGUCACUUCGUCGGCAGUUUUGGAAAGCUGGGGACUAUGACAUCAAGCAGUCUUCUAAAACAUUAUUUCAGAGUGGGAAAAAUCAUUUACGGGUUCAUCCGAAGUUUCUUCACUCAAAUGCAACUUCACACAAGUGGGCUUUUGGUGCCAUAGCUGAGCUUCUUGAUAAUGCAAUUGAUGAGAUACAAAAUGGGGCUACCUUUGUCAUUGUUGAUAAAAUCUCAAAUCCACGAGAUGGAAGUCCAGCUUUGCUAAUUCGAGAUGAUGGAGGAGGGAUGGAUCCAGAUUCAAUGCGUCGGUGUAUGAGCUUUGGCUUUUCAGAAAAGAAAUCAAAAUCUGCCAUUGGACAGUAUGGAAAUGGCUUCAAGACAAGCACUAUGAGACUUGGUGCGGAUGUUAUUGUCUUCAGCCGACACAAGAAUGAGAGGAUAUUUACUCAAAGUAUUGGCCUCCUCUCUUAUACUUUCUUGAGACAAAUGGGUUAUGACAGAAUAGUGGUACCUAUGGUGGAUUAUGAGUUCAACCCAUCAAUUGGAACAUUAGGAACCUUACCUCGCUAUGGUGGAGAGCAUCUCACAUCCAAUCUGUCCAUGCUGCUGCAGUGGUCUCCAUAUACAACAGAAGCGGAGCUGCUGAGCCAAUUUAAUGACAUGGGACAUCAUGGAACAAAAGUUGUCAUUUACAAUCUAUGGUUCAAUGAUGAUGGAGAUAUGGAGCUUGAUUUUGAAUCUGAUCCUGAGGAUAUUCUAAUUAGGGGUGGUCAGAGAAAAGUUAGGACAGCUAGCCGCCAAUCUGCGACAAUAGGUGAACAACACAUUGCCAACCGACUCCAUUAUUCCCUUCGUGUUUAUUCAUCAAUCUUGUACCUGCGGAUACCACAGGAUUUCAGAAUUACACUGCGUGGUCGAGUUGUUGUGCAUCACAUUAUUGCUAGUGAUCUAAAAUUUCCUGAGUGCAUCGUCUACAAACCUCAAAUUGGUGGAAAGAUGGAGACGUCAAUCCUUACAACAAUAGGGUUCGUGAAAGAUGCUCCACUUGUGAAUGUCCAAGGGUUCAAUGUCUACCACAAGAACCGUCUUAUAUUGCCAUUUUGGCGUGUUACUCAGACCACCAGCAUUACUGGCAGAGGUGUUGUUGGCAUAUUGGAGGCAAAUUUUAUUGAACCUACUCAUGAUAAGCAAGAUUUUGAGAAGACUUCUCUUUUUCAAAAGCUCGAGUCCCGCUUAAAGCAGAUGACAGUUGAAUAUUGGCGUUUUCAUUGUGGAUUGAUAGGGUACAAAAGUUCUCAUGUGCCAGUGAUUCCCCAGGGCUCACCUCAAUCUGGAACACAUGGUUUUCAGACUGUUGUGACGAAUCGUGGUUUCUCUGCUAUUGAUAAUCCAAGAGUAGCUUCUGCAGGUGAAGCCCCUCAAGGUUUACCCAUAAAAAGGAAGGAUCAUGAUCAUAUGGUUGAACAAGAGCGCAUGAAAGCACAAGCAAGGUCAAGAGAAAAUGUAAUUGAUACCAGGAAGAAUAGGUUAACACAGCCUGAGAAUUAUAUUGAGAAUCAGGAGCAAGAUCAAGAGUCCAUUAGUCUGAUACAAGAAAACAAGAAGCUCCGGGCACAGUGCUCAGAAUACGACAGAAGGGCAGAACGACUUUUUCUCAAGGCGCAACAGCUCAGAAGUGAGCUAGAAGAGGUCCAACGUGAGUACGCAAGGCUUUUGGCUGAAGCACAAGCAAUAGAUUCAGUAAAGGUGGAGAACAGGUGAAAUGGUGGUUUUUUGCAUAGGCGCAACUUCUCAGAAGUGAGCUAGAAGAGGUCCAACGUGAGUAUGUAAGCCUUUUGGCUGAAUCACAAGCAAUGGAUAUAGUAA